AUGUUUGCCCCAAACGCCCACCACGAAAUCGCCAAGACACGGUAUACCAUUCUGCAGGACCGAGCUCUGGCCUUCUGUUCAGCUUUCUUGGAUCUGCCGAACAACCCACCAGACAAGCUGCUAAGCGAACACUUCGUUACCGAUGGCCCGAAGAUCACUGAGCAUGGCCCUGAAUGGGCGAACAAACGUCUACCUUUCCUUGGGAGAACAUUUUCAGGUGGGGAUGAAUGCUUGGAGUACUUCUCCUUGCUCUCAGACACACUGGAGUUCAUACCCAACAAGCAGACCUUUCCCGGUAAAGAGGGCACCAUCGUCGACGACACGGCUUUUGCGGGUUCCAAAACGGCACGAGGGGAUGUGCGAGGGAUGGUGAGUGUUGUGGGGAGAGCGAAGUUCAAGGCUGUGAAGACGGGGCAGAGCUGGGAUGAGCAAUUCAUCUACCGGCUGAGUGAGUUUGACGAGGAUGGCAGGAUCGGGCAUUGGGAGGUAUGGGCCGAUCCGCUGAGCGCGUGGGUUGCUGUUGGAGAUGAGAAGCAAUGA